AUGGUUGACUGGCUGCGUGGCAUUGAAUUUCUUUGGGUUGAGAGGGGCAGGCGUUUUUCUUUAUCUGGGCUGGGCUGGGCCUUUGGAUACCCUUGCGUGGAUGGCUAUCCCGCUUCGUGUGCUAAAGAAAUCAUAAUUGAGAUUUCAAGUGCUAUAUUGAACAACGGGGAAGUGAAUGAAUUGAGACGUGGUGUGAUGGGAGCCAAUAGAGGGCUUGAGUCUCAAGAGGUUAAAUCCUAUCUAACCUUGUUUUUGGGGAAGGAGGUAUGGGAACUAAUCAAUUGCCACAGAUGCUCCCUAACCUUGGAAGCGGCGAAGCAGCUCACUCUCGUGGUCGAAACGAUUCCUUCUUCCUCCCCUAGUUAUUUCUUCACUAAACCGGAAUGGCACAGAAUGGCAAAUGUACAGCCGCACUUGACAUCUCUUCUUCAAAAAUUUCAAGCUAGGCUGUUGAGUACGCAAGCCUUAUUAGGUGCCAAAGAGUAUGGAUUCAGGACAUCACAGAGAGACCUUCAAUACAGCAAGUCCCGAGGAAGAUUAGAUGGCUCUGGCCACGUGUUGUUCCAUCGAGCGGAUCUGUACGUAGUAUUUAGUCAACUCCUUCUCAGCUCAGUUCUCGAGCAAGGCAUCACAGCUCCUUUUUGUUCCCACAACAAGCUUUUCACACAUUUCUUCAUAAUCCUCACUAUGAUGUCUGCUCGUAUGUGUUUCUCUGCGCUCUCCUUCAUACAGUAUCCUCAAUCUCAUUAUCUAACAGGCACGCCAGAUGCUUAUCCCACGCCUGUUCAAAAAUACUAUGUUUAUCCAAAGACUAUGAUAACCUCACAGAAGUCACCAAAACCGAGGCAAGUCACUCUAAACAAGUAUUCUGGCGAGAUCAUGCCAUGGGCGUUUAUUUUGACCGGGGAUGAUAUGGUAGACCAGCUUAGGGCAUAUUUCGGCAUACAAGCAGUCUCGCCCGCUCCUGCACACCAUUCUCAGCUUGAAUUCCAGGUCAACUCUAAGCCAUAUAUCACAUACGCAAAGGAGCCCGGGAAGGACGCGCAAGUGAGUCGGGACCUUCUAAACUUCCUGGUUCCAGAAGAAAAGCAGAAAUUAAUCAAUGAGCUUCCGGACGACCCAGGCAAUAUUGUAGCACAGGAUACACUGAAACUGACUGAGGAAAGCCUCAAGGAUGUCGAAGGUCAUGAGGGAAUUGGAGUAGUGAUUGAGGACGUUGUUGAGUGGAAUUGA